AUGGCGCCAGAUAUGUUCCCGGUGCGUGUUCUUGUUGAGACUGUUCGAUCACAACAUUGUAUUGGAUGUGCUCAUGAUGGAAAUCCUUUGGUUGACACAUUUGCAGUUGUUGGUGGACAAACAAUGCUUUCUCAAUUGGUUGAAACGGUGCUAGCUGCUUUGGGAUUACCUCAAUUAAUACAGGAUUCGAAAGGUAAAAAAAUUAAGGUUAAAAAUUUUUGGGGACAAUUCUUUAUAUAUUUUUUGAUUAAUUUUAUUCUUUUUGGGGUGUAUCUCCUUAAAAAUUAG